GUCGCAUUUAAUAAACCAAAACAAACCCCCCUUUCUCUUCUCUCUCUCUCUCUCUCUCACCUUCCACAAUCUCUCUCGUCUUUCUAAAAUUGUUUUCUCUAUUAUGGUGUGUACCCUUCUCAGGUGCACAUUUGUAGGCCCUUCCCACUCUAUCCACCCAUCCAUAGCCUUUAUUAUUAACUUCCCAAUUCUCUCUCUCUCUCUCUAUCUACUCCGUCGGUUUCAGUGCUUCCCCUCCCUAUAUAUCUACAUGUUAUUUUCUAAGUUAUAACAGCCUGCCUCUUCUUUUCAUCUCUAAUCAUAUACUCUCUCUUUCUCUCUCUCAGAUGUUGGGUAUGGAAGAUGUUAUGUGUGAACUAAACGAAGACAUAAACGAGCAAGGAUUGCCACCGGGAUUCAGGUUCCACCCAACUGACGAAGAGCUUAUAACUUUCUAUCUCGCUUCCAAAGUCUUUCAUGGCACUUUCUAUGCUGCUGUCCACAUUGCCGAGGUCGACCUCAAUCGAUGUGAGCCUUGGGAGCUUCCAGAUGGGGCAAAGAUGGGGGAGAGAGAGUGGUACUUCUUCAGCUUGAGAGACAGGAAGUACCCAACAGGGCUGAGAACAAACAGAGCAACAGGUGCAGGGUAUUGGAAAGCAACUGGUAAAGACAGAGAAGUGUACAGUGCGUCCAGUGCACUGGUUGGGAUGAAGAAAACCCUAGUUUUCUACAAGGGAAGAGCACCCCGUGGUGAAAAGACCAAGUGGGUCAUGCAUGAGUACCGUCUCCACGGUGACUUCUCCUACCGUCACUCCUUCAAGGAGGAAUGGGUGAUUUGCAGAAUAAUACACAGAACAGGAGAGAAGAGAAAUGCAAUGUUUGGAGGCCAAAGCUACUUAUUCGAGGCUUAUUCUUCAUCUGCCACCACUGAUUCUCUACCCCCAUUGCUUGAAUCUGAAACAACACCAGCAACAACAGCAAUGUUGGAAUCUCAAUCUCUCUAUCCAAUCCAUUCUCUCCACCAAAACCCUUUUCUGAUUCACUACCACCACCAAGACAUUGACCUCAAAACACUGAUAAAUCCAAUUCUCUCCUCCCAACCCCACCACCCCCUCCCAACAAUAAAUUUCCACCACCAACUUCAACCCACAUUUUCACCCACUCCCACCACCAGCAGCACCACCAUCACCACCACCACACUAAACAACAACAACAACAACCCAUCACCAUCCCUCUUCAAGUCCCUCCUCCUCUCACAUCAACAACCCACUACUACUACUAUUCAUAAACAGUGCAAGACAGAGACCAACUAUUCCCUGUUUCAACCACCCCAUGCUAACUUACGCUGGGUAGACCACCACCACAACCAUGAACCCUAUUAUGCAAAUCCCUUGCUUGUUGACAUGGAUUAUUAUUGUGGAGGAAUUGAUACAACAACUGUUCCUGAGAAGUCAAUGGUUUUCAAUAGGGGAGAAUCCUCCUGGCAUUUGGAUCUUUAAUAGUGUGUUUGGUUGAGGGAUUUGGGGAGGGAUUUGGAAAGGGAAAGGGAAAAGGUGUGUGAAACUAUGUGAAAUAUAGACAUGAUUUAUUCACAUUUCACCUACCUUUUCCAUUUCCCUUUCCAAAUCCCUCUCCAAAUCCCCAAACCAAACACAGCAUAAAGAUCUUUCCAGAUACUAAUAUUGAUUCUCUUUUAAGGUUAUAUAUAUCUUAUGUACCAUAUAAGAUUUACUAAUAUAUAUAUGAUCUAAUGUGCAAGAAAGUAGGUAGAAACAUUGUAAUAGCAGUGGUGGUAAUAGUAGGGAGUAAAAUAUGUUAUAUCCAGCCAUGCACGUAACAUUGUAUUAUUGGACAUUUUGUUGCCAGCUUACGAUUUCAUUAUCGAUGAGAGAUCUCUCUCUUCUGUUUGACGUGAUAGCAUCGAUGAGAUUGGGAUUGGGAAAAUU